AUGAAGCGGACGGUUGGUUGUCUGAUGCUGAUCCAACGUGUAAGCUGCUGUAAUGGUCAGAUGAAUAUUGGACAUGGACACGGGCAUUCCUCUCUAGUAGGAGCAUAUCCACGAAAAGAAGCAUGGAUCAAGUCCCUACGCCAACUUGCCUACCCUCUUCGGUGGUAUCUCUCCCGGCCUAGUAUCCACAAACGAUACUACAGGCCACAUGGCAUGCAAGCGCUAUCUUACCUACAUACGCCCGAUAACAAGGAUUACCCUAAAUUGGGGGUCAUGCUUGUCCCCUUCGAGGAUUUCAAGGCAUGGACCUUGUCGAAGAUGCCAAUAAAGUGA